AUGCCCUCCGAAAAGUCAGAGAAGAAGGAGAAGAGGAAGGCCGCAGAGGAGAAUGCCGAUGAUGUUGAGAUGAUGGAUCCUGACGCUAAGUCUCCCAAAAAAUCCAAGAAGGAGAAGGAGACGAUAACUGUUCCCCUGGAAGACCUCUCACCUCUUGCCCAGCCGUUGGCCGAGAAAAAGCUGGGCAAGAAGCUGCAUAAGACUAUCAAGAAGGCGUCCAAGAAUCGCCAGGUCAAAAGAGGUGUCAAGGAGGUCGUGAAAGGCAUACGGAAAGGGGAGAAGGGAUUGUUGAUUCUAGCAGCAGACAUCAACCCAAUAGACAUCAUCUCGCAUCUGCCGGUGCUCAGUGAAGAGGCUCAGAUCCCCUACAUAUUUGUCACAUCGAAGGAAGAGCUCGGCCACGCGAGCUCGACAAAACGACCGACGAGCUGCGUGAUGGUGUGCCCGAACCAGAAGCGCAAGGUCAAGCAAAAAGACGGCGAAAAGGAGGACAAGGACGACGACUACAAGGAGCUCUACGACGAAUGCUACAAGGCCGUCGAGAAGCUGAAUUCACAAAUAGUGUUCUGA